GGCAAAGCUUCGACCCGAAGUUUCCUACACGAUCCGUUACUUCCCUCGCCCAUCGGCGUCGGCGACGGUGGCUGCAACCGUCACUGCCCCCAACCCCCAACACCAUGACCUCCACACCUCCCCACUCCUCUCCCUCCCACAAUUCAGCUUUCAGAACCGCUGAAAUCCCAAUUGAGAUCAUCCCCGAAGAGGAAAUGGCACUCAUUGAAGCUGCCCUCGCCGCCGCCGCCGCCGCUAUGCCUUCUGCUCCGGUUUGCCGGAAUGCCAAAUCGAUUCGUUCAAUUACUCUAAUGUCCAAGCGCGGAUUAUCGGCGUGCACGGAUAACCGGUCGUCUGAUAUCGAGGACUGCGGCCGCGUCGUCGGAUCGAAUAGCCCUAAUAAGAGUAAGAAAAUUAGGGAAUCGGAACCGUUGCUCUAUCGGUUCCGGAGAGGAAGAGGUCUAUCCGUUACUGACCUUACCGCCACGGAAUGGUGUGAAAAGCAAAUGGAAUACACCUUAUUCUUUGGCAAACCCAAGGCUACAAAAGUUAUGCUAGCAGGGAGCGCCCGUCAUGCAGUUUUGGAAGAGGAGGUGAUACAAAGGGUAAAAGUUAAUGUUGAAUCGGCUGAAGAUGUUUGGGCACUUAAACUUAUGAAUUUUAUUGUUGGUGCAAACCAGCUAUUGUUUGAUGGGUUAACACGUGAGUUACCUUUGGUAGGUUUGGUUGAAGGUGUAUGGAUGGUUGGAAUGCUAGACGAAGUGCGGAUGUCCCAAACAGAAAGAAUUCCAGUAUUAGUUGACACUAAAACUCGGGGAAAACCAACACUUCCACGUGAACCACAAAAGAGAAACGGAAGGCUCCAGUUGAUGUGCUACAAGUACAUGUGGGACAGUUUAGUCACUAAUAAAUUUCCCUCGCAAAAGUUUUUCGAUUUCUUUUCAUUGAAUCCCAAUAAAAUUUUAUCCCAGAAAAUUAGAGAGAAUGCAGCAGGAUCUGGUUUUGCUUCAGAGACUCUCAUCGAUGUGGUAAGAUAUUUCGGAAACAGUUGUUGUUUGCUGCCUCAAGCUCACGACAGGCUACUCCUGAGAUACGAGCUACAAGAAGAUCAAUCCUUACUAGGCGAAGACGAGUUCCCUUAUGAGCUCGACUGGCUCAAGGAUAAAAUCAAGUCUUCUCACGACUUUUGGCUGGGGAAAAGGGAAGCUGAGUACGCUCCAAUCGAGGAGCGCUGGAAAUGCGGAUAUUGCACAUUCAGCAGUGCAUGUCCAGCAAAUUCCAUCCCACCUGGUUCACCGAGCAAGACAGUGAUCGAAUACACUCAGCAAGACAGAGAUCAAAGCCACUAAUUCCAACUGUUCAUGUCCGGAGAACAACAACCCUUGACAAAGUUGGAUGACAUUUAGUAUCCAUGGCUGUGUGUUUUUAUUAUAUAUACAAGUUGGUUAUAUGUCCAAUGUGAGAUCAUUAUUGUUGUUGUAAAAUGUUAACCAUUCUAUUUAUAUAUAUUAUGUCAAUGAUUUGUAUACCAAUAAACAAAUGUAAAUGUCAAUGAUCUUUCUCUAAUGAUAUUGUUGUUUGAGUAUAUA